AGGGCUAUAUGACGUAUCAAAAGUAGAUAUCAGAUCUACCUUAAAGAGUCAUGAAUUACGAAUACUUUAGCUCGAAUUAAACUGAACUUCCAUCUGGCAUUACGAAGGACCAGUAGAUCUAAGAAUGGUGUGACAGCCGGCCAAUAUAACCUAGCCUAACCUAAUUCUAUUAGUUUUUAUUGGCAUACACAUUGCAACCCUAUUUACUUGUGUUUUUUUAUUUAAAGAUGAGUGUUUUUCAAACUUCUUUUAUACAUAACGUUAAUCUGCCAACUCUUUUACACUUACAACCUGAAAGCCGCAUCUUUCGCAUUGAAAUCAUGUGAAAGUAAUUGCUUUAUUAUAUUUAAUAAAUUUUUUCUUUCAACCGCACACAUAACCAAACGCCUAACCUUUUGACCCUUUUCUACAUUUUUCCAGCUACCGGAAUGCGCAAGACUCUCCUCGCCAGCUAGUUAAAUAUGGCAAAUUGCACAAACAACGAAGAAAAACAAAAUUAAAACGUUUAUCAAAAUAUGAGUGCACAAAAAGUGAGGUUAAGCCCAUAACGGCAAUUUACAAACAGCUGUGCGCCUUAAAUGAAGUUGACAAAGUUGUUAUUGGCCGACGCACACACACCGACCAGUGUUUGCCUGACUAAAUGGUAUCAAAGCAGCCCUAACCGAAAUAUAAAUAAAAUACAGAUUUCGGAUAAAAAAUUUGAAAAAUAAAUAACUUUGAAGGGAGUACGUGGGUGUAUGUGCUCAUCAUGAAUAAAAUUUCAAGUGCAAAGAAAAACAUACAAAAUUUGCUCUAAUCCACGAAAAGAAAACUAAAAGUUGUGUUUGACCUUUUUUGCUGCUCACCAGACCCUCCCCUAGCGGCUUGACGACACCCACAAAGUAUUAAAUCCACUCUAACGGUAACAAUAAAUAUGUAUAUAUGCGACAAAAAAAAUUUCUAAAAAAACAACUAGUGACAAAGUGCGUGGCAAAGAAGUAGAAAAUUUCGAGAAAAAAGUGCGUAAAAGAAAAAUUACCCAAAAGAAAAGUGAAGAAAAUACCGACGAAACUGCAAAAGGAAGCGGAUGACAGCAAUUGCGAUAAAGUGACAAUGAAAUUUUUUUUCUGGUGGAAAAGGCUAUAAGAGCACAAAAAUUCACAUUACAACAGUAACAACAACAGCCGAUCUAGCAGACACUACGUACACGCCUGGCUGGCAGCCUCCAAGCACUGCCGUGUGCUGCUGUCUAAAAUGGAUGAUUUAUAAGCUUGCAGCCAAACGCGAGCGAUUGCAAUUUGAAAGCAAAAGAAUUUCAACAGCUGUGGGAAAAUCAGCGCAACGAAUUCAUAUCAAACUUUGAACAGACUAUUUAGGGUAGCUAAAAGCUGCGCAGGAGCGCGCAGCAAAGCAACAAAAAAUUGUGGAUAAAGCAACAAUAACAAGCAGCAAAAACAGCAGUAGCAGCAGCAGUUGCAGUUUCCUCUACAUUAAAAAAUUAAAUUGCGCAAGCAAAAACAAUCUUUCUAAAACGACUAACAGUUACAUUGUCUGAAACCUCCAAAAUGAUGGACAGCACAUUAAAUCACACCCCAUCUACCGUAAUCCCAAUAACCGCUGCAUAACAAACACAGGCACUUAAGCAUUCAUUGCCGCAACAUGAACAUCGAACAGCAGAAAUUCCCACCACCACCAACGAACUUGCUGUCCGACAGCGGUUACACCAACGGCUAUGCCACACCCAGUGGCAGCAGCAUUACCACAACCUCGGCAGACACAUCGGCGUCGUCGCCUGCCUCGCAGACGACCACCUACGUGAAUAUACCGAUUAUACCACAUGGUCAGCUGCCCACAUCCACGUCAUCUACAUCAACCGCCUCACCACCACUGCCGCCACCACCACCUUCAACCAUAUCAAUGAUGGCGGGUGGUGGCAGUACACCAAAUAGCGGCGGCACAAGCACCUUCAAGACACCAUUACUGCCCAUGCCCACGCUCGAGGACAUCGAAGGUGGCCUGCUGGCUGUCACCACAGCUAAUGCGCCCACUCCAAUGCCGGUCGGUAUACUCAAGUAUCCGAAUGCUGCCGCAGCGGCCGCUGCAACUUCGGUGGCAACAACACCGCUUACACUGCCACCAUCAACGCUGAGUAUGUGCAGCAGUGCCAUGGGUCCGGGGCCACCACCGACGCUAAUGCAAGCGCCUGCUCUAUCGUUACCCGCUUCAACUGUGUCUAGUGGUUAUUUGAGUGGUGUUACCAGUAGUUAUCAAUCAGCGUCACAUGCGCAACAACAACAAUUACCGCCUGCCACACUCUCUUUAGCCAGCGAUAUGAUGCAGCAUCAGACGACACCAAUAACGGUGCUUUCCCUGCAGCAUUCCACGCAACAAGCGUUACCACCAGCACCGCCGCCCUCUGUGGGCUUACUCAAUAACAGCAGUGGUGUUGCGCAUGGCUUAAAUACGAGCAGCAAUGCCAAUAUGGGGCGUAACAGUCACCAGUCUAACACUGCCGUUAGUAUGGGCAGCUCCGGUGGGGCUGCGUCAAGCAGUAACGUGGACUCAAAACGCUCGGCAAAAUGCUGCGCCUGUUUCGGUAGUAGCCACUCUUCAUCAACAACGAAGUCACAGCAUAAAAAGCACCGCAAACAGAAGGCACAAACAAUUUGGUCCGCUCUAUUAACGAAUCUGGGGAUCUGUGCUUUGCUGCUAGCCUACACUUUGCUGGGUUCAUUCAUAUUUCUAACAAUCGAGAGCGAAGACUCAACGUUUCUGCAUCAUCAUAAUCACCAUCAUCAUCCCAGUCAUCAUGCAGUGCUGCAGCGACAACGCCAACAGCAACAGCAGCAACAACAACACACACUCGCUUCCACUAAACGUGGUGGCGGUAAUAUGGAAAAUAUUUAUCACACUUCACCCGCACAAAUGCAUCUGGACAAUGCCACAGCAUUAUCGUCACAAAACGCAUACGCCCCUCAUGGCGACGCCGCCGCUGCUGCAAACGCUGCAGCAUCAUUAUCUGGCACGACUGCUUAUUCUUCUACGUCAAAUGUUGCUUCCUCUGCCGCCAAUGCCAUGCUCGAGGGCAUUGUACCGUUGAGCGAUGAGCAUGGCGACACGGGCGUUGUAGAUUUCAGCUAUGGUGAUGAACUGCUCGGCGGCGUUGGCGUCACGUCGGCACAGUUAGCGCUGUCGGCGGACACGCAGGAAGUGCGACAGCGCACCAUUGAGAAUAUCUGGGAUAUAACGGUGUCAUUGAAUAUACUCUACAAGGAGAAUUGGACGAAGCUAGCCGCUUUGGAAAUUGCCAAAUUUCAAGACCAAUUAAUCAAGAGACUGAAUGAGGAUGCGCUACUGCAAUUAUCACAUGAAAUGGAUGGCGGCAUCGUUGCUGGCGGCGGAAAUGGUGCGGCGAUUGCCGGUAAUAGUCCGGCUACGGAAGCUGUGCUACUACAUACACACGGCGGUCAAUACGGUCAUGGUCAUGGGCCGCACGAAUGGAAUUUCGCCAAAGCGUUUCUCUACUCGCUCACCGUACUGACGACAAUUGGUUACGGUAACAUAGCACCACGCACUACGCUCGGCCGUUUGGUGACACUCGUCUACGCUAUUUUCGGCAUACCGCUUACACUCGUUUAUCUCUCGAGUACCGGUGGCAUUUUAGCAAAAGUGGCACGUGAGGUAUUCUCCAAAGCGUUAUGCUGUUGUCUCUGCUCAAAUUGCGGCUAUUGUUGUUACGAUGAAAAGCGUAUGGCUGAAAAGGAGCGUCGCAUGAAGCGUAAACGACAGCAAGAGGAAUUGCGUAAACAGCAGGCUGCCUUGCAGGAACCAUAUUAUGUACACGACUCAUACGCCACAGCGGAGAAACAAUCAAAUUUAUCUGGUGGCACACAAAUGUUGCCACCCGACAUCGAUUCGUUGAGUGCGAGUGAAUCACGUGGCUCCAUGCAUGGGCUGAGUAUAUUGGCGCCGAUUUUGUUGUGCCUUUCAAUGAUGAUCAUUUACAUACUAAUCGGUGCGGCCGUGCUAUACCGACUGGAAGACUGGCCCAUACUCGAUGGCAUCUACUUUUGUUUCAUGAGUUUAUCAACAAUUGGUUUUGGUGAUAUGCUACCGGGUUUGCGACGUGAAUCUACUGCAACCACAUGGUUUUGUUCGAUUUAUAUCAUGUCUGGCAUGGCGCUAACAGCGAUGUGCUUCAAUGUUAUACACGAAGAGAUUGUGCAUCGCAUCAAAAUCGUGGUGGAAUUCAAGAAAACGGGCAAUACGCUGGAUACGAUGAGUGAGGAGCAAGGCUACUAUAUGCCACCUUGACAAUUUGAAAAGGGCACAAGCUUGUACAAACGAAAUCCCACCGAAGAGACGCUGGUGUCAGGCACGCCAACUUCACUCGCUUACGGCGCACAGCUAGAUACCGAUUUAAGUCAGCUACAUGCGCUAAAGGACUAUGUCAAUCAUGAGCUUGUUCCCAUACUCACCAUGGAUCCGAACAGCUCGUCAACCACCUCAACACAUCUCCUAAAAGGCGCAAAUGCGAAUGUCAUGCCUUUAAACAGCUUGACACCUUACACAAGCGCUACAACCGCGGCUACGGCACCGCCAAGUCUGCUACCGACUGGCGUCGGUCUGACAACUUUGAAAGCACCUCUUUUGGAUAAUUCCACGUUGUCGUCGCAAUCCUGCUUGGAUUCAUCAAUCAGCGGCAGUGCGUCGCAGGCAGUCAUGAGUGUUUACACUUUGAGUGAAGAACCCGAAAUGGAUUCUUAAAAUGAUUGUAUGUAAGUGAUUAAUAGAUAUAAGUUUAGCAGCGAUUUGAGAACAAUGAAAAUUUGAGUAAAUAAGUGAAAGUGUUAGACCAAUCUAUAAGCUUACAUAGUUAGUAGGUUUGUAAAUAGUAAAAUUGUAUAGUUUGUUCCAGGGUUCUUAAAAACUCUGUUGAGAAGGCGGAGGUAUUGCUUAGUUUGCGUAAAUAUUUCGAGUACGCGUUUUAGUAUGACUUACUGGGUAUUAUGCAUCCGACUUUUUUGUGAACUUCGCUAUUUGAAGCAUACAAGCUGUAAGCCCAGCCCAGAAUUGCUUUCCAUUCCUUACAGCUUUGCCGUUGUAAAUAGAAGAAAAUUAGUGAAGUCUGAAUGGCUCCAAUUCAAAGUUUUAGUCAAGCAACGCUUUCAGCGAUUUCUGAUCGUAAAAUAUAAAGAACUCUCUGGAGCCUUAUAAAGAACGUAAAUGGAAACACAUUAGUGAAAUUUGAGUGACUCCAGAUAAGGUUUCAUGACAAGCAGCACUUAGGGUUCUAAACGAAGAUACAUAAAUUAAGCCACUUAAACCAACUCUAUAUGCAGUUCAACUAAAAGCUACAGCGUCUAUAAGCAGAAAUAUGUAAUAAUUAGCGGAGAGAAAAUCCAGAUUCUUGAUGAUCAUGAGACUUUGCACAAAUGACUAUCGAAUUGAAAAAGCUUUUCAUAACAUCAAUCAGCUAUUCGAAGCCGGUCAUAUACUUGUAGAUCCCACCAUAAAAAUACCGCAGAAGAGCGAAAAAACUCGAAAAAUACCCUGCAACAGGUAUCAGCUUAUAUAUAAUGCUGCUGUGUUGGCACCUCUUUGCUCCAGGCUCAUUUUGGUUAUGUGAAACCGCCAGCGCUUUAAAUCCCAGAAUUCCUGUCUCAGUAAAUAAACAAGUAUGUAUAAAAAUAUAUUUCAAGGUAGAACCUUUUAAUAACUCUUAGAUUCAACUGAAAUUCGUUAAAACAUUAUUUUCGUUUUCUAAAGCAAAAGUUGACAACACUGAAUUAGCUUAAAACUACAUUUUUCUUUGCAAAAAAGUCGGUUGUAGUUUAAUGUAAAAGGUUCUACCAGUAUAAGGCGCUUAAUAACACCACUUACCAGUAAUAUAAAAUUUAAAUAAAAAUGGCUCAUAAAAAAAUCGAAGAAAAUAUCACUAGUCGAGACAAUGAUAAUAUUUUUUAGCAGUGCAUAGGGGUUAAAUAAAUUACUUCAGACCAUAAACAAUAAAAAAUAAUUAGUAUAAAUUAUAAAAUAUAUAAAUAAUGCAGACUAAUAUAUAAAUUAUAUAAAUAAUAUGAAUAUAGGUAUAUACUUACGUUAGAUUUAUAUGUGUCUGUAGUCAUAAAGAGCUGUAUAUAAAACAACAACAAUUGACUUCUUAGCUGUCACUCUGAACUCCAAUAAAUAGUAUUAGUCUAACAAUUGAAAAUUUAUAUGUAUAUUGUGUGGUUCCGCUAAAUAAUAAUAAAUAAUUACAAAUAAUUGUUAAGAAUUUUUGUACGAUUCUUGAAAAAUAUAAAUAACAUAUUUUGUAGUGAAACUAUAUAAUUAACUUUAAAGAAGUUAGAAGUAUCGAAUUAACAAACGUACUAAACUACUUUCGCAUAUUCAUAGAUUCUAAAUCUUUUGUACAUGUCAAUAAUAUAUAAGUAAUUAACUGUACUUUUAGCUCUAAACAGAAUGCAUAAAAGUAAUAAACCUGUAGAUAUAAAAUAAAAACAUUUGAAAUGUUAGUGAAAUAAAUGAAUGUUAAUAGAUACAUACCUAUUAGUUGAAUUGAAAGAAUUUUUAAUUGGAGUAUAUAAACUUAGUAAUAUUAAGCGUAACUAAUAUGUAUGUAGUUUAAAGUGAAAUUGUAAAUUUUUAAAGCAACGGCAGUAAUUAAAGAAAAUAAAAUUUAUUAAUUGUUAAAUAGUAUGGAAUUUUUUAUUUCGCAGAAACGCGUGAGAGGUAAGUGUAUAAUUAGAAACAUUUUUAAUUAACUUAAUAAAAUUGUGUUUAAGUUGUAACGUACGGUUUGGCAUAGAAAUUGUACGUGAUAAAUCCGUUAUUAUUGUUUACUUGCGCAGAGAACGUAGACGUAUUUUUCUCAUUCAACACUGAAAAUGAUGCAUUCUGCUAUUUUUGAGAUCCCUGAUGUUGAUUGAGGUGAAACACGCUAAUAAU